AUGACGUUGGCUGCUGCUGAUAACGGAAAGCAGACCGCCACCACCACCACCACCACCACCACCACCACCACCACCACCACCACCACCACCACCACCACCACCACCACCACCACCACCACCACCACCACCACCACCCGGCAUCCAUUUCCGAACCCCUUGAAAUCUUGUCUGUUUUUACUGUCAUUAAGUUGUAGACGUGUGGCCACCGUAGUCAUGACAGAAUUUAGUUACCCCAUCCCGGCCAACCGUCGAAUUCAGGUGCUAAGAUGCUUUAUGUGGUUCCUGUCAACGACCACAUCCAACUUUUGGUUCCAAAGUUAAUGCCAGGAGACUAUACUCGUGCAUCUCCUCUGAUGAUAGGUUUUGCUUCUAGGGAUCUGUCGUCGCAUGGGUUGCUGCUUUUCGCGCUCACACCAGACUGACUACGAAGGGUUUUACGUCUCCGGCGGUGGUGCACGAGAGCCGAGCUUAGAAGAGCGUCGUCGCCUGCAGGCGGAGGCCGCGCAAAAGCGUCUGGAUCAACAGGCCAGCUAUGGCCUGGCUAACCCGCAGUCUGUGCAGCAUCGACAAGAGAAGGCGCGGAAAAUGGAGGCGGAACAGGGCAUGCCGAGUAGCAUUAAAGAGGGCCCAGCUCUGCGCUGGACGACUGGAUGA